AUGCUUCUAACAGAUGGCUAAUUUAAUUUUAUUUGCCAAUUAAGUUAAUAUUUUUGCAAAAAGUUGCUAGUAUGCUACACAAUUUCCGUGAUGGCCUCCAUUUUCUCUCCCACCCUAAAACAAGUGGUUGAGCUGCUUAUUUACCCCCUCUUUUGAAUUUUUCAAGUCAAUCUUCAGCUGCCCAUCUCCUUCUUUUCAGCUCUAAUUUCCAAUAAUUAGAUUACCUACUAUAUUCUAAUUAAUUAGCUACAAUAAACAGGCAAACUACUCCACCUUCAAAUCCAAAUUUUACACCCUAGCUACUGAAUCAGUGAGAAUUUAAUUAAUUAGUUAUGGCGUUGCUGCAAAACGCCGCGGUGCCGUUGAAUCAAGAAUAUCCCUUCAGCUUAGAGAAAGAUGAUGGCUCCGAUGCACGUAGACGACGCGUUGGUUUUGGCGGCGGAUGGAAGUUGAAGAGGAGAAAUCUGCAGCUGCUAAAUUCGAGCACGAACACGAACAUGAACAUGAACACGGACACGAUAAACGGGAAGAAAGUGAAUGGAGUGUGUGUGCAGCGGAGCACGAAUUUGAUGAAUCAUGAGUUUCUGUUUGGGAGAUUUGUGGAGGAUCGAUUUGUGUUCAGACAGGCAUUUGUGAUUAGGUCUUAUGAGAUUGGACCUGAUAAAACUGCCACCAUGGAAACCCUCAUGAAUCUUCUUCAGGAAACAGCAUUGAAUCAUGUGGCGAACUCAGGAGUGGCUGGAGGCGGGUUUGGAGCGACCCGGGAAAUGAGUCUUAGGAAACUUAUUUGGGUCGUCACUCGCAUCCACGUUCAAAUCGACAAAUAUAGCUCAUGGGGCGACGUCGUGGAGAUAGACACGUGGGUAAAUGCAGCCGGCAAAAACGGAAUGCGGCGUGACUGGAUCAUCAGAGAUUACAAAUCCCAGAAAAUCAUUACAAGAGCAACCAGCACAUGGGCCAUAAUGAACAGAGAAACAAGAAGACUGAGUAAAAUCCCAGAUGAAGUGAGAAAGGAGCUGCAGCCGUUUUACCUUGAUAGGGCUGCCAUUGCCACAGAAAAUAUCGACACCCAAAACAUCCAAAAGCUUAGUGAUGAAAUUGCUAACCGAAUUCGGACUGGCUUGGCUCCCCGAUGGAGUGACAUGGAUGCCAAUCAGCACGUCAACAACGUUAAAUACAUAGGAUGGAUUUUGGAGAGUAUGCCAACAAAUGUGCUUGAAGAUUAUAAGAUGAAGAACAUAACUCUAGAAUACAGACGUGAAUGUCGUCAGAGCAACGUGCUGGAGUCAUUAACAAGCAUGAAACCCAUAACUGAAGAUGAAGAAGAAGAAGAGAGUAGCAGUUUUACACAAGACUUAGAGUGCACUUCUUUGCUUCGAAUGGAAGGAAGCCAUGCUGAUAUUGUUCGAGCUAGAUCACUCUGGCACUUCAAGAAGCAUCAUCUCUCAUCAUGAUCAUCAUAUAUGUGCUUAUUAUGCAAAACCUAGCUUAAUUUUCGAGGAUUAGCUAUCUUUUGUUCUUUCUUGAUCUCUUUGUUCAAUUUAAACCAAUACUUAAUUAAUUAAUGUUUUGUGUUUGUUUGGUUGGGGUGUAUCAGUAUAAUAUGUCUAUGACAUUCUAAAUUUCUAAUAGCAUGUUUACUUAAAAA